AUGAGGCGCGGCGGUCGAGAGACGGUGUGCGGACUCAAUUCGGCCAAUAUCUCGACGGGCUCAAGCGAGAAGACGUCAUCCCUCAUGAAACUUCCUUCCUUUUUCAAAAAGGAGGUUGCGAGCCCUUUAAUGAAGAGAAGCAACUUUGGGAUGCAGGCCUUCCCCAACUCCGGGCCCAUGCCGGCGGGCUACGGCCAACCCACCACAGCCCUCCCGCUCCUCAGCUUGGACAACGGCGAAAACGCCGGGUUUGACUACUCCAACUUUCUCCAGGACCAACAAGACAUCGACUACCUCGCCGAAGACAGCUCGGGGUCCGCGGGGGGGUUGCCCAUCGCCACACCCUCGCCGUCGUCAAGCUUCUCGGACCAGCAGAUGCAGGCACUCGCGCCGCGACAGCAGCAACAGCAUCCCCCGGCCUCGGCUCGUCAACUGGGCUAUGGUGGCCCGACUGCGACUAGGGGCAGCAGCGGUGGGAGCCCUGAGGACCGGCCACUACCGAAGCAGCGGCUGGAGCGGCGGGGGCAUACGAAGAGCAGGAGGGGCUGCUUCAACUGCAAGCGGCGGAGGAUCAAGUGUCAAGAGACGAGACCUGCAUGCGGGCACUGCGUGAAGCAGGGGCUCAAGUGCGAGUACCCCACGCUGCCGACGAUCGUGCAUCAGUACGAGUAUCUAAUGCACGCCAUCCUGGGGUAUUCCGCCUCGGAACUCAUGGCGGCCUCGGACCCCUCCCUAGCCGAAGCAGCCAUGUCCCACCGCUACAAGGCGGUCAAAGCGAUCAAGAAGGCACUCGCCCCACCACCCAGCUCGCCCGCCGGCACCACCUCCCCUCCCAACAACAGCAGCAACAGCAGCAGCAGCAGCAGCAGCAACAACAACAACGGCCGCUCCUUCGACGACACCAUGUUCGAAGAGGGCAACGCGCUGAUGGCGACGUGCUUCGCGCUCACGUUCCAGUCGGUGCUGCUCGAGGACGGCAUGGCCGAGUUCAUGACCUUCAUCCGCGGCAUCAUGAUCGUGGCGAUCCAGAUGUACUGCAGCGGCGCGUCGCUGCUGUUCGGCGAGAUGCUGGGCGACCGCCAGACCCAGCUGCUGGAGCCGCACAUGCGCGAGCUGGGCCUGAUCGACGCCGACCUGACGGCGCGGGCGAUCCGCGCGAUCGAGGGGUUGAGGGGGUUGGUGGAGGGCGUGGAGGGGAGGGAGGUGGAGUGUAAGUAUUGGGAGAUGGUUGCGGCGAUGGCGCGGAAUUUGGCGGUUAGUUCGUGGAAGGCCUACUUCGCCCUGACGGAGCACUACGGGUGGUGGAUGAUGCUGCCGCACGCCAAGUUCCAGCCGCUGGUCGACCCCAACAACCAGGUGGCGCUGUUGCUGAGCGCGCACUGGGUCGCGCUCGAGCAGAUCAUGGGCCCCAUCUGCGAGACGGAGCACAAGGUGUCGGCCUCCAUGUCCGGCGGCCGUUCGUCCAACGCGGGCGCCAGCUUAGGCAACAUCCGCUGGCUGCGCUACCUCAACAACCAGCUCGAUGCGGAACACCGGCUGUACAACGAGUGGCCCAUGUGGGUCGAGGCGCAGCUGGCAAGGGAUAUAAGAUGCUUUAGGAAAGCCGAUUUGAGGGUUGGUUAA